AUGUCAUACCCUUCAAUCAUAACGCAAGAAGGCGCGGUAGAGAGGAAUGUCGAACCUAUAAUAGAAGCUCUUUCACCUCUUUUAGAUGGGAUCGAUAAUGGUCAUAUUAUGGAACUUGGUUCUGGAUCAUAUAAACAUAUAGAAGCUUUUGCCAAGAAAUGGGAGAAUGUGCGUUGGUGGGGUACUGUAAGGAAUGAAAUUGAACAAGAAAUAGCAGGUGACAGAUUGGAGAAAGAAAAUGUGAGAUUAAACAAUUUACAUGAACCUAGGAUAGUUGACAUCUCAAAUCAACGUCAUUGGGAUGAGAUUUACAUUGCUGUCAGACAUGGAGUAGCCAAACAAUUCAGUGGAUUCAUCAUGAUAAAUCUAAUACAUUGUUGUCCUAUUGAUUAUUCGGAAAAAGUUUUCAAGAGUUUAUCACCUAGAUCUACAUUGGAUCCAAAGAUAUUGAACCCUUCAAAAGGCUGGAUAGUAGCCUAUGGACCUUGGUUGAAUGAUGAUGGAAGUUAUAAAUCUGACCAAGAUGAGAAGUUCGAUAGAGAAUAUAUAAAAUCUAAAUCACCUCUCCUAGGUCUGAGAUCAAUAAAAUCCAUCUCUGAUAUAGCAUCAAAAUGGGGUUUCGUAGAAGAACAAAGGAAACAAUUACCAAAAGGUAAUAUGUUUGCAGUAUGGCGUGUCAAGUCUCCAUAG